AUGUAAAUUAGACCGUAUUGUUAACUGAAUGUGUAUUUCUUAUCAUUACACAACUGGAUGCGGUGUAUACCUCCAUCAUUUUGUACUUCAAAAUAGAUAAUUCAGUGCUGUUUUUACAGUGAAAAAUUUAAUAUUUUCUUUUGUGUCGAACUGUGAAUAUCUUAGAGGCAUCAUAUGACGAGAAGUAUGUUAGUAAUUGUGGAAACUCAAUCGAGGCACCGGCAGCGGCUGGCAAGAUAAAUCCGCUUGUUUUCCUUAUCAAGAUUACCGUACUGAUAAAAAUAUUCGAACUACACAAUACGACAUUAACUUGUCACGAGGACGUAUAGCGCGAUCGUUGUGUUGUGUCGGGAAAAUAAAUCAAAAUGUUGUCGAAAAUAUUCACAACUGUCAAGUACACGCUGGUGACAGUGAACUUUCUUUUUUUGAUAACGGGUAUUGUUAUAUUAUCUGUGGGUAGUUCAGUGCAAUCAGCCUACAAUGGUUACCAUGAAUUUCUUUCGGAGAGAUUUUUCUCAUUACCCGCUUUCUGCAUUGCGACGGGAAUUAUCAUAUUCAUAAUCGCCUCCUUCGGAUUCUACGGAGCUUAUAUGGAGAAUUAUUACAUGAAUAUGGCAUUUGCGGGUUCAAUGAUCCUCAUGUUCAUAUUCCAACUGUCUGCGUGCAUCGCUGGCUAUGUUCUGAAGGGCAACACGGUGGCACUAGUGCAGCAGUCACUGUUGGGGACAAUGGACUUGUACGGAGCCAACAAAAACCUCGGCGUCACCAAACUGUGGGAUGAAAUGCAAGAAGAUUUUUCAUGUUGCGGUGUCGCGAAUGCCAGUAAUUGGUUGCUCCCGCUGGGCACGACAGAGACACUCGGUGUGCCAGUCAGCUGCUGCGACCACGUUUACGGCACGAUCCAGACAUUCGUGUGCAACGUCACCGUCGCAUAUAACGUCGGUUGUAGUGACGCCUUCGGGUCCUGGGUUCAGUCUCACGCCGCUGCAAUAGGCAUUACUGGAAUCUUCAUGGUUUUGUUACAGGCGUUGGCGGUAGCGGGGGCUGUGUGGUUGGCAAAGAUAUCAAGACAGGAACAUGCCUUCCCUUAAAAAUAAUUAAAAUAAUAGAAAAGUUUUAAUUACGGUAUUUAGGAAAUUUUAAAAUGUAUGUUCAGAAAUGCACGUCCGAGAGGAGUGUGAUUGUUUAUUUAUU